AACAUGCCAGAAGUACUCAAGGGUUCCAGUCGUAGACUCUUCACCAGAAGUAGGAAAGAGAAAGAAGAUCGACAAAAAGCUGGAGCAACUUAGCAAGUCUGGCAGCAUCUCUAGAGAAAAGGACUUUGUACCAUCUCCAGAGAUGCUGCCUGACCCAUUGAGUUACUCCAGCUCUUUGUGUUUCAAUUUGAGUCUGGUUUAAAGCAGCAUCUGCAGUUCCUUCCUACACAAGAGACAGAGAGAAGAGUUGGUUUAGUAGCAGAGCGAGUGGGGAAGGGAAAUGGAUGCAACAAGGGGAAUUAAUCUGACUGGGUGUAAUUAAACGGUUUAUAGCAGUUAGAUCAGAACUUUCCGAUUAAGAUUCUUUAUCUUGGAGCAGACCAGAUCAGAGCGAGGUUAGAGUUGCUUAAGAUCCAGCCAGCAACUGUUACAAGUAUAAUAAACCCCUACACCAAGCACUCCCUCACCAAUCUGGUUGCAUUUGGAGUAUUGGGUGCAGUUCUGGUUGCCCCAUUGUAGGGAGGAUAUGGAGACUUUGCAGUCAGAAUGCUGCCUGGGUUAGAGAGCAUUAGCUAUAAGGAGAGGUUGGACAAACAUGGAUUGUGUUCUCUGGGGUGUUGGAGACUCAAGAAUUACGACCUUAUUAGAAGUGUAUAAAACUACGAGAGGCGUAGAUAGGGUAGAUAGUCAGAACCUUUACCGCAGGUUGCAAAUUAGGGCAGAGCAGUGGUGCAGUGAUAGAGUUGCUGCCUUACAGCGCCAGAGAUCCGGGUUCGAUCUUGACUACGGGCGCUGUCGGCACGGAGUUUGUACACUCUUCCUGUGACUACGUGGCUUUUCUCCGGGUGCUCCGGUUUCCUCCCACAUCCCAAAGACAUACAGGUUUGUAGGUUAAUUAGUUUUGGUAAAAAUUGUGAAAUUGUCACAUGGACAAUGUACAAACACCACACUGACAGUACCCUCGCCCAACUAAACUAAACAGUACAGGAACUGCCUCCACCACCACUCCUGGCAGUGCUUUUAAAAACAUCUCCUUUAAACUUUGCUCCUCUCACCUUAUAACCUAUGCCCUCUAACCGUUGAUAUUUAAUUUUAGACAUUAGAGACAAAGCGCAGAAACAGGCCCUUCAGCCCACCAAGUUCACCCCGACCUGUAAUCACCCUCAUAUACUAGCACUAUCCUACACAGUAUAGUCUGUUUAGGGUGGAAACAGGCCCUUCAGCCCACCGAGUCCGUGCCGACCAAUGAUCACCGAUACACUAGUUCUCUCCUACACAAUAGGAACAAUUUACAGAUGACAAAUAACCAACAAACGUGCACGUCUUUGGAAUGUGGGAGCAAAACCAGAGCUCCUGGAGGACAACCACACAGUCACAAGAACGUAUAAAUUCCGCGCAGACAGCACUUGAGGUCAGGAUCGAACCUGGCGCUGUGAGGCAGCAACUCCUCCGCUGUGCCAUCAAUGUUUCUAUGUUCCAAAUUGGUCCUUGUGGUUAAAACUUUAAACAAGGAACUACAACCGCAUCCUUACCCUGGGGGUUGAUGUCAGAUAAGAGGGAGGAUUAAGAAAAUGCAAAUUCGACUUGCAACAUAAAGUGUUUGUCAAGUGUUUGAGCAGGGGGGUUGGGCGGCGAUAAAACCGGGAGUAGGUGGGACUCUAGUCAUUCGAUGGGACUGUCAGCACACGAGAAGGAACCAGUUUCACCGAGCUGCUGAAACUCAGAACAAUUACCUCGGAGAGGCGAGAUCAAGAGGUGAAACCCUCGGCAGGUGUGAGCAGCACAGAACUAGAUGGUCUGCAGCCAACCUGCAGUGACCGUGGGGAGUUAACACUGCCUCAACAGUUCCACAAGCAACUAGCGAAACCAAGGAGAUCUGCAGGAGAAUUACUAAACAAAAUCAAUACCAACGUUCCCCCAUCCCCAACCCCAAGUGAUUGAUCGGUGAGGGAGGAUUGAAGGAGCACCUUAAGAGAGGCUGGCAGGCGGGAGCCUGGGUGCUAGUGUUCGCCAUGUCCCAGCGACAGCAGGAGUCCUUCCACCGACCAUCGCCACUGAAGGGUGUAGCCCAGGACCUCAGCCAAGUGAUGGAGAAGUUGGACACCAACGAGCUCUAUCUGGAGGGAGAUGAGACGGACAUUGACACCACCAUCGGGACAAGGGCACCUGAUGGUGCCCAGAUCCCAUUCUCAGCUGUCUACAUGACCAAAGGCUUCAAGGAGGCGGACAUCCAGAUCUACAUCACCGGUGCCCCCAUCAUAGCCCAUGUGGUGGAUGUCGAACGUUUCACAUCCACGAGGAAGGUGCCAAGUCCCAACAUUUACACUAUUGAACUGACACACGGGGAGUUCAACUGGAGGGUUAAGAGGAAAUUCAAACACUUUCAGGAACUACACCGAGAACUUCUACGCUAUAAAGCUCUGCUCCGCCUUCCGAUCCCCACUCGAAGGUUCACAGUGCGACGACAGACGGUGAAGCAGGGGGAGCCGCGGACCAUGCCCUCUCUCCCCCGGAGCUCGGACCACAUCGUGCGCGAGGAGCAGGUCUCCAGCCGCCGGAGACAGCUGGAGGACUACCUGACCAAGCUCCUGAAGAUGGCCAUGUACCGCAACUACCACGCCAUGAUGGAAUUUAUUGGAGUCAGUCAGCUUUCCUUCAUUCACCAUCUUGGACCCAAGGGCCUGGAAGGUUUUAUAAUGAAACGUUCCGGAGGUCACCGAAUUCCCGGGCUCAACUGCUGUGGCAGGAACAAGGUCUGUUAUCGCUGGUCUAAGAGGUGGUUGACGGUGAAAGACUCCUUCGUCACGUACGUGAAGCCGGAUUCUGGAGCGGUGGCCUUCGUCCUGUUGGUGGAUAAAGAGUUCAGCAUCAAGUUGGGCAUCAAGGACACGGAGACCAAGUACGGCAUCAGGAUCGAGAACCUGUCCAGGACUCUGAUCAUCAAAUGCAACAGUUACCGACACGCUCGAUGGUGGGGGCAGGAGAUCGAGAAGUUCAUUUGCGAACACGCCGCGGUCUACCUGAAAGACCAACGCUUCACAUCCUUCGCUUCUGUGGACGAAGGCAUUCUGUCCAAAUGGUAUGUCAAUGCCAAAGGAUAUUUUGAGGAUGUGGCAGAUGCGCUGGAAAAUGCCCAGGAGGAAAUAUUCAUCACAGACUGGUGGUUGAGCCCAGAGAUCUUCCUCAAGAGGCCGGUGAUGGAAGGGAAUCACUGGCGGCUGGACUACAUUCUCAAACGCAAAGCGGUCCAAGGCGUGAAGAUCUUUGUGAUGCUCUACAAGGAGUUGGAACUUGCCCUGGGCAUCAACAGCGGCUACAGCAAGAGGACCCUGGUGAAACUGCACCCCAAUAUCAAGGUGAUGCGCCACCCUGACCACGUCUCGUCCACCGUCUACCUGUGGGCCCACCAUGAGAAGCUGGUGAUCAUUGACCAGUCGGUGGCCUUUGUGGGCGGCAUUGACCUGGCGUACGGCCGCUGGGAUGACCAGGAGCAUCGGCUCACAGACGUGGGCAGUGUGACGCGGAGUGCCCACUCCCCGCCCACCACCACCCCCACCCCCACUGCCAACAACAACCCCCCGGUGGAGCGCGGCCUGGACGGAUCGGGUGAGACGGAGGAGACCAGGAUCCCGGCAAGGAUCAAGCUGGAGCGGAGCGGCGGGGAGGAGGAGGGGGGUCGGACGCGAGGCGCAACCUGGUCAAACCUGGUCAAACGGCUGCAACGACCGAACCUGGAGCGCAACGACAGUGUCAGCAGCGGCGACAGCGAUUGGUUUACCAGCAAGCAGAACUUGUUGUCCAACCUGAGGAAGUUACGCCACCUGUCCGCCAACUCCGACCUCCCUACACCCGAUGACGACAGUGGCUCAGUGCGCAGUCUCUGCCCCAACAUUGGAGAGCUGGUGGGACAGACCAGGUUCUGGCACGGGAAGGACUACUGCAACUUUGUGUACAAGGACUGGAUCCAACUUGAUAAACCUUUCGACGACUUCAUCGACCGCUACACCACGCCCAGGAUGCCCUGGCACGACAUUGCGGCGGUGGUUCACGGCAAGGCUGCCCGCAACCUGGCGCGGCACUUCAUCCAACGCUGGAACUUCACCAAGAUUGUCAAAGGCAAGUAUCGGCCGGUGUCGUACCCGUACCUCCUGCCCAAGAGCAUGUCCACUGCCAGCGAGCUGACGUACCAGGUGCCGGGAUCCAUGGCAGCGCGAGUACAGGUGCUGAGAUCGGCUGCGGACUGGUCCUGUGGCAUUAAGUAUCACGAGGAAUCCAUCCACCAGGCAUACAUGCACGUGAUUGAAAACAGCCAGCACUACAUCUACAUCGAGAACCAGUUCUUUAUCAGCUGUGCCGACAAUAAGAAUGUCUUCAAUGGGAUCGGCGACGCCAUUGUCAAGCGGAUACUGAAGGCCUACAGGGACAAGCAGCGUUACCGGGUCUACCUGGUGACUCCCUUGAUGCCGGGAUUUGAAGGUGACAUAAAGACGGGAGGAGGGACAGCGAUUCAGACUGUGAUGCACUUCAACUACAGAACGAUCGCGAGAGGGGAGCACUCCAUCAUCGAACGCCUGCGGAAAGAGAUGGAGGACAUGUGGAUGAACUACUUCUCGGUGUGUGGGCUGCGGACUCAUGCAGAGCUGGACGGGAACUUGGUGACGGAACUCAUCUACGUUCACAGCAAGUUGCUGAUAGCUGAUGACAGGACGGUCAUAAUCGGCUCGGCCAACAUCAAUGACCGCAGCAUGUUGGGCAAGAGGGACAGCGAGAUGGCGGUGAUCGUGGAGGACACGGGCCACGUGAGCUCACUGAUGGACGGCGAGGAGUACCAGGCCGGGGUGUUUGCCCUCCACCUCCGACUACACUGCUUCAAGCUCAUCAUGGGCGGCUUCAAUGACCCGUCGAUCGACGUACAGGACCCCGUCAGCGAGAAGUUCUUCAAGGAGGUUUGGAUUCCGACCAGCGCGAGGAAUGCCACCAUAUACGAAAAGGUCUUUAGAUGUCUUCCCUCAGAUCACGUGAGGAACAACGUGGAUCUGGAUGACUUCAACGCCAAGUUGGGGCUGAACACCGAGGACCCGGCCAAGGCUGCGGAGGAACUGAAGAAGAUCCGAGGCUUCCUGGUGCAGUUCCCCAUGUACUUCCUCUCUGAGGAGAACCUGCUGCCAGCGCUGAACACUAAAGAGGGCAUGGUGCCAAUGGAGGUGUGGACAUGAGGGAGAGUGAGAGUGAGCACAAUGCUGCCAGUGAAGACAAGACGCUGAACCAGCUACAUAUCACAGCCCUGGUCAAGGUAUCCAUGGGAGACUAGACAUUCUAUAUACAAGGCCUGAGGUGGAUCAGUGGCCCCACCAUCAACUAACGUACAAAGAACUCUAGAUGCUCAAACUGGAUUAAUGACAGCCCAAGAUUAAUGGGCUCCUUCAACUUGGAGAGAGUAUUUCUGACUUUCCUUCACAAUGGGUUAAUCGGAUGGAGGGUCCCGGAUCCACAAACCUUCCAAGCCACUGGGAUCCCAGCAAAGGGUCUCUGAGUGUAGAUGCUGUUCCCAUUGCAGUGUGUGUUCAUAUGUGAUGAAGCAUAGAAGGGGGCAAACUGUUAAUGCAGCGCCCUCUUUGUUCAACGUAUCGAUCUGUCUCUGCCCUGCCCUCCAAACCCCCAUGCCCACCCUUCUUGUGGAACCUCUCCUGUGCCUGAACCACGAGAGUUCGUCCAGCCCCUGGAGUGCGUCCUCCUCUCAGUCACAUCACGGCCGAUCGGCGGACUCACUCUUCGCACGUCCACUAAUCUCAGACUUAAAAUGAACACUAGACUCUAUACUAAGGCUGCACGGUGGCGCAGCGGGUAGAACCACAGCGUCACAGUGCCAGAGACCCGGGUUCCAUCCUGACUUCGGGUGCUGUCUGUGUGUGGAGUUUGCACGCUCUCCCUGUGACAGGGUGGGUUUCAUCCGGGUGCUCCGGCUUCUUCCCACAUCCCAAUGACGUGCGGCUUUGAAGAUGAAUUGGCUCUUUGUAAAUUGUCCCCAGUGUGGAGGGAGUGGACGAGAAAGUGGGAUAACAUAGAACUAGUGUGAACUGGUGACUGAUGGUUGGCCUGGACUCGAUGAGCCGAAGGGCCUGUUUCCACGCUGUCCCUCUAAACUAAAGUAAGGAUUCUGAGCCCGAAAUGUCAUGUGUAGGAUGCCAAAGUGGUAAAACAGAACUAGUGUGAACGGGUGCUAAUUGGUCGGUGUAGACUCGGUGGGCCGAAGGGCCUGUUUCAGCAACGUAGCUGCUGUGGGUGGGCCUGAGGUUAGCAGAUACGAACGUAAUACAGCCUAGUCAAUGUACGGGGAGUUGGCGUGGAGGGGGAGGCAGGAACAGGGAGGUUCAGCACUCCACAUGUAUCCACACAACCCACUAACACCCUGUGUAUCUGUCUGUGGGAGCUCCCCUUAAUCCUCCUCAUCUUCACCUCGCUUACUGAAUGAACGUCUCCUCGUAAGACUCGUAACAGGACGGUGGAUGUGAAACCUUCAUAAUUUAUAAGAAUUAGGCCAUUCGAUCCAUUGAGUCUAAUCCGCCAUUCAAUCAUGGCUGAUCUAUCUUUCCCUCCCAACUCCAUUCUCCUGCCCAUAACCUCCGACACCCUUAUUAAUCAAAAACCUGUCAAUUUCUGCCUUAAAUAUACCUAAUGACUUGGCCUCCACAGCUGUCUGUGGCAAUUAAUUCCACAGAUACAUCACCCUCUGACUAAAGAAAUUCCUCCUCGCAUCCUUUCCAAAGGUUUGUCCUUUUAUUCUGAGGUUGUGCCCUCUGGUCCUAGACUGUCCCACUAGUGGAAACGUGCUCUCUGCUCUCUGCACCCACUCUAUUUCCAACCGCAAUCGUGCUGGAGGUGGUGAUUGAACCCGGAUCCCUGGAGGUGUGAGGCAGCAUCACUACCUGCUGCGUCACCGUGCCAUCUGAAUGUAACUGUACACUGCCCAUGUAACGUAGUAACAAGGAACUGCAGAUGCUCUUUUACCAAGGAAAGACACAAAUGCUGGAGUAACUCGGCGGGUCAGGCAAUAUCUCUGGUGAAUAUGGAUAGGUGACGUUUCGGGUCGGGACCCUUCUUCCGACAUGUCGUUUUAUUUUGUUGGCCGAAUGGUGCAACACUAGUGGAAUUACCCCUGUACCGGGAAAAUAGAACACAGUACAUCACAGGAGCAGGACCUUCGGCCCACAAUGUCAGUGCCGGACAUGAUGCCAAGAUAAACUAAUGUCAUGUGUCUGCAUGUGAUCACAUCCCUGAAAGCCCUUCCAUUUUAUUCGGCUGCAAACAAUUACUUGUGCCCAUAAAAGAAGAAUUAUGGAUGUUGCAGACAUCAGGAAAAACAGCAACUGGAGUGAUCACAUCUAUAGUAAGGAAUACAAGACACCCGGGCAAAGAGUCAUUGAGUCAUCCAGCACGGAAACAGGCCCUUCGGCCCAACUCGUCCAUGUCAACCAAGAUGCCCCAUCCGCACUAGGCCUACCUACCUGCAUCUGGCCCUUAGCCUUCUAAACCUGUCCUAUCCAUGUACCUGUCCAAGUGUCUCUUAAAUUUUGUUAUAAUAUCUGCCUCCACUUCCUCCUCUGGGAGCUGGUUCCAUCUACCGACCACCCUCUGAGUGAAAAAGUUGCCCCUCAGGUUCCUAUUAAAUCUUGCCCCUCCCACCCUCUGAGUAAAGGACUGCGUGCAGUCACCCUAUCCAUUCCCCUCAUGUGUACUCAGUCAUAUCACAGUGCACUGCUGGUAUAACUCGGCAUCAUUUGUGUAGUGGUGCUGGACUGUGCACAAUUGGUCAUUUUACAUGACUAGUGCAAAUUGUGCACCAUCUAUACCAGUUACACACUGGUAGAGCCACUCCCUCAUAGUGCCAGAGAUCCGGGUUCAAUCCUGACCUUUGCACUCCUCCCACUUGCCAAAGAUGUGCAGGUUUGUAGGUUAAAUGGCCCUCUCUGUAAGUUGCCCCUAGUGUGUAGGGAAUGGAUGAGAAAGUGGGAUAACUUAGAACUAGUGUGAAGGGGCGAUGGAUGGUCGGCAUGGACUCAGUGGGCCGAAGAACCGGUUUCCAAGCUAUAUUUUUCAAUUCAUCAGCACCUGUGUGAUUGCGCUGUUCUCAUAUGAUUGUGCCAUACUAGUGUAAUUCUGCAGUGCUGGUGUAACGAUGCAUCAUCUGGGCUGUUUGUGCACUAGUGUAACUGCACCAUCUCUGUAAUUGCACACUACUGGUAUAACAAUGCUGUACUGACAUAUUGUGCACUGUGUAUUCAUGCACUACAGGGGCAAUGAAGUGGUACUUGUGCAAUUGUUCACUAGCCAUUUAAUUGUGGACUACUGGUGUGGUGAUGAUGUACUGGUGCAACUCACCAGCAAUGUAACUAUACUCCUGGUGUAACAAUGAAGUGGUACUUGUGCAAUUGUUCUCUAGCUGUGUACUUGUGCACCACUGGUGUAAUUACUGCAUUGGUGCAAUUGUUCACUAGCACAGUAAUUGUGCACUGGUGUACUGACGCUGCACUAGUGCAAGUGUUAACUAACCAUGUAAUUGUGCACCACUGGUGUAAUGAUGCGGCACUGGUACAAUUGUUCACUAGCCGUGUAGUCGUGCACUCCUGGUGUAAGAUACUACGCUGGUGUGAUCGUGCACCUCUGGAAUAAUCAUCGCCAGUUGUGCAGAGGUGCAGCUGAGGUACCCGUGCGUAGUCUAGCCCAGAUGUGGGCCAGCUGUGACAGCACCCAUGUAGCGGCAUGAGGAGUGGGCAUCGAGCAGGGCCCGGCCAGGAGAAUGACCGUCCGUCCGGCGUCUCCAUGAGAUGUACGUUGGUGAGCCGCUGCUCCAUCUACCCCUCGACCUACGGCAAUGAGAUGCCCGGAAGAGGAAGAAAGGAUCGUUACUCCUGUGGACCAAGGGUCAAUUCUACAACCAGCAAAGGUGUACAGAACCGCAGCUACAGACACGUAAAUAACAUUAAUUAAUUAAAUGACAUUUAAUAUUAUUCAUAAUGUUGCAGAUAAAAUAAAUAAUAUUAGUAUUGA